AUGACCGACUCUCGCCCUUCCGGCCUGCAUCCCUUGUCCCAUCUCAAAGCUGGGCCGACCACGUCCAGCUCCAGGUCCACCGCCGUUCCUGCGUCCGCCACGCCGCAACCCUCUUCACGCCCUGCAUCUCGCCUGCAUGUACAACGAGCUACCGGCCGGGAAGAUGUGAUCGAUUUCACCAGCGAUAAGACCACGCUGGCCCUGAUCCGGCGCGUCCUCUGUCCCCAGACAGGCACCUAUGGCGCAUUCUCUGUGCAGCCUCCAGAGGAGCUGCUGCCUCCUCUUACAAGCUCCAAUGAGGUUGAUCGUCAACUCUACGCUUUUAUUGCUAUUAUAGUCAGGGACUUUGUCUAUUCGUGGUACUCCAAAAUAACACCGGACCAGGCUCUUGUGAAUGAGGUCCUGCAGGUGAUUGCGCAUUGCACUCGAGCUCUCGAACAACGACUACGUCGAAUCGAUAUUGCGCAGUUGGUCCUCGAUGAACUUCCUGCGCUGGUGGAAGCGCAUGCCCUGACCUACCGACUAGCCAAGCAGCAAUCCCAUCUUUCGGGACUGUCAACUUCACACCAUGCACUUUAUCAUGAGUUGAACCCUCACCCGGGGUUUUCACCUGUCCCGGAUCCCUCGGAUCCACAGACCAUCAUCUCGCAGCGCGAGAAUGAGGCCAUCUACCGUCGGCUGCUAGCCAACGGCAUUCUGGCCGUUCUUUUGCCGACCGAGGAUCUUGAGAAUAGCAGCUUGCGGGUUCUCGUGGGCGACGUCCUUGCUGAUCGCAUUCUGGGAGAGGAAGUCAGCGGCAGAAUGUCGGAAGGUUGGUUCUUUUGGCAAACCAUUACCAAGCUCGCUGUGGCAAUGAGACGGAAGACCACGGAGGAGACUGCGGCGGAUAUCAGCACUCCCACCAGUCGCCUAGAGCAAUUCGGGUUGCUUUCGGACGGAGACGAGUCGCCCAAUGGCCAAAAAUUGGCUCAGUCCACCGCCACCGCUUGGAUAUGGGCCAUCCUCCAAGGCGUCUACGUUGGAUAUGUUGUCUUGCGGUUUAUCGUGACUGGCCUCUUCCGCGUCGCAUCGAUCCCAACCCUAGGUCAUUCGCAUACCAGUGUUUCAGUUGGCGCUGCUUCGGACAUCCGGAAGGGGAAGGCGUCGUCAGAUGGCGCCAUAGGUAAGCGCCCGGUGUUGGACUAUCGGGUGUAUUCCAUGGUUUCACAGGUGCUGGGCGUCCCACAACGAAUGCCCUGGAUGGGUGGACUGCUCUCCCUCUCGCAACACCUGAUACUGGCGGGACCGGGCACGCUGGGUGCUACCGACGGAGUUCUUGAUAGAUUCCUCCGGGAAACCAUCGAGAAGUACGUGCUGACCCCCACUCUGUUGCCCAACCUUCUCCGUGCGACCAGGAGCGCUCUCUUUCCGGCCAAUGCCCGUCCCUCGUCGCAGAUAGCACCGGUGAAUUUACGAGCCCAGGCUCCCGCUCCGCAGCUGUUUGUACAACCCGUGGCAUCCACCCAAAAAUCCCUCGCGAACCCUUCUGUUGCCGUGGCAGUCAAGAAACCUCCUGCUGCUAGCAACGCCACUGGUAAAAGCAAUUUCAGUAACAGUCAAAGCCUCAGUAGCGCCGACAGUCUUGCGGGUGUAUCACCUCCCUCGACAAAAGCAAACGUGACAUCCACACACCCGACGCCUUCAGAUACCGUACUCGGUGCUGACGGGACAAGAGCUCGACCAUCUGGCCCAGAGAUCGCAGCGAUCAAGCGGCAAUGUGCAACCAGUUUGCUUUCGGUGAUCCCGCGCCGCGUCGCACGAACCUUCUUUGGCGUUUCAUCCCCAGCGGCUGUAAGGUCAGUGACCAGUGAUGGUGAUGGUACCUGCAGCUCAACCAGCAGGAGUUCGUCCUCCCUCACCACAAACUCCUGGGCUCCACCCUCGUCUAUUGAGGACGAGACUGGUCAUCAUCGACCGCGAUCUUCGUCUGCUCAGGCGAACGGAGCUGGCGUGGCCUCCUCACCGACGUCGCCUUCCAGCUCUGAGCCUUCAGCAUCUGCUCCCUCAGCAGAGACGAAGGAUCAUGUCUCUACUGGAAGGUUACAUAUGGACCAGCCUGGUGUAAUUGUUGAUCCGGAGGAGUUGCGCCUUCUUGAGACCGUAGAGCAAGACCUGCUUGAUCUCUUUGAGGAUGAGUACUGCAAUAAGCACCUCGUAUAUUCCAUCAUUGAGACAGUUUUGGCUAGACUGCUCCCUGAAAUAUCGGAGCGCAGCAUUGCGGAUUUGAUGGAGGACCGAGGCGUGGCUCCCAUGUCAGCCGGCUGA